CUAUAACACAUCUUCUUCAUAACCUCUCUCUCUCUCUCUCUCUCAUCGCUCUCUCUCUCUCUCUCUUUGUUUUUUGGGUUCUAGUUUGUGUGUAUAUACUAUAUGCACAUACACAUAGGAAGAUAUGAUGGGUUACGAGCAGAUGAAUCAGAUGACAAUGACGACAACGGCGAUGAUGAAGAAUUUCAAUAAGAGGGGUCCGAUCAAUACUCCACAUAACAAAAUGACGAGGAGAAGUGUGUCGGCCAUUGAUGGUGGUGCGGCGGCUGCAGCUGCGACUGCUGGAGAAGGAGAACGCCGACGGAAUCUCAAGACUCUUGAUCUUAGUGGCAUGUCCUUGGCUUCUCUCUCGGCCUCUUCUAUCAACUUGGCUUCAAUCUCCAAACUCGAUCUCUCCAACAACAAUAUUCAGAAAAUUCCGGAGUCUCUAGUAGCAAGAAUGUUAAAUUUGUGGGCACUGGAUUUGCAAUCCAAUCAGCUAAAAACUCUUCCAAACUCCAUUGGAUGUCUUUCCAAACUUAAGUUUCUUAAUGUCGCCGGAAAUUAUCUCCAAUUUCUCCCCAAAACUAUCGAAGAUUGCAGAUCGCUGGAAGAGCUGAACGCCAACUUCAACGAGCUUACAAGGCUCCCAGACGCUAUAGGGUUCGAGCUAACGAAUCUGACGAAGCUCUCCGUCAACUCGAACAAGCUUGUUCUGUUACCAAACUCCGUUAGCUACAUGACGUCGCUGCGUGUCCUCGACGCGCGGCUAAACCGCCUUAGUUCCCUCCCUGAGGAUCUUGAGAACCUCGUGAACCUUCAGGUCCUUAACGUUAGCCAGAACUUCCAACACUUGACGACGUUACCUUACUCCGUUGGGUUGUUGAUAUCUCUCGUCGAGCUUGACGUUAGUUAUAACGGAAUUACGGUUUUACCGAACUCCCUCGGCUGUCUUCGCCGGAUUCAGAAGCUCUCUGUGGAGGGUAAUCCCCUCAUUUCCCCACCUUUUGAAGUGGUGGAACAGGGAUUGGAAGCAUUGAAGCAGUACAUGAGCGAGAAAAUGACCGAGUCUUAUAAAAAAACUCCGGCCAAAAAAAAGUCGUGGGGCAUUGGUAAGUUCGUCAAGUACGGCCUGAGCUCUUCUCCGGGGAGAGGAACUGGCCGUGGAGACGGGAAGGAAGGCUUCAUCAAUGUAUCCGAUUAUCGCCAAAUCGAUGGAAUCGCCUCCCCGCGACACGUAUCCCUCUUCAACCCGCGACGCCUUUUGUCUCCACUCUCCGCGUAUUUCUCUCCUCCAAGAGAUGGUCCUCAAUUGUUUGAGAGUGUUGAUGAUUUGCCUUCUGCUAAGUUUUUUCCUAAAGGUGUUGUUCAUAGUGUCAAACCUUAUGGUAGAUUAUCAUCAACCUCUGUUGUUGAUGGUGAUUCUGAUGGUGAAGAGAGUGAGGUAAAAGAUGAAGAAAUUGGGAAGAAGCUACGUGGUCGUAGGGUGAGGAAGAGAUUUGGUGUCAUGGGGAUAGAGAGAGGUGAAGAAGGAGGUAAGAGGAGGAUUGAGAAUCGUGUUAAUGGUGGGAGAUUGAGAAAUGGAAAAUCUUCUCAGGUGUAUGAAAUGACUUUGCAGAAUGGUGGGAGAUACGAAAUUGGAUCUUAGGUAAGAGUUCUUCACUUUGUUGAUCAAUCAUGUCUCUGAACAUAAACAUGUAUGUAAACUAUAAUAGUGUGCUUAUGAAAAGUCUUCAGUUUUAGGGAAACAAAUCUCUGUUCAAGUAAGUUUUGGGUGAUGGAUCAAUGAUUGGUAUUAUAAAUGAUUUGAGCAUAC